AUGCCCAUAAGGGUGUUUUUCUUCCCCUUCUCUCCAAUAGCAGAUCCACCAGAAGCACCGCCAGCAUUGGCUUUUUUUGCCCCUCUAUCUUCUCGCUUACUACUCCCAUCAGCACCAACAGUAGCAGCAGCUGGCAAAACAGGCACAUCCAGGUUGUCACAGCAACAAGAAGACGAGGAAAAGGAGGAGGAAGAGGAGGAGGAGGAGGAGGAGGAGGAGGAGGAGGAGGAGGAGGAGGAGGAGGAGGAGGAGGAGGUGGAGGAGGAGGAGGAGGAGGAGGAGGAGGAGGAGGAGGAGGAGGAGGAGGAGGAGGAGGAGGAGGAGGAGGAGGAGGAGGAGGAGGAGGAGGAGGAGCAGCAGCAGCAGCAGCAGCUGCAGCAACAGCAACAACAGCAGAAUGGGAGGGCAUGGGGGAGGCGGCAGUGA